CGGGACUUCCACUCGUGUGUGAGGCGAGCGGAGCCGGAGACAAGAGCAGAGGUCGAACUCAGGAUCUGACAAGAUGGCCGGGCUGCCCGGCAGGAUCAUCAAGGAAACCCAGCGUUUGCUGGCUGAACCAGUUCCUGGCAUUAAAGCAGAACCAGAUGAGAGCAACGCCCGUUAUUUCCAUGUGGUCAUUGCUGGCCCCCGGGAUUCCCCCUUUGAGGAACUAAAAGGGACUUUUAAACUUGAACUAUUCCUUCCAGAAGAAUAUCCAAUGGCAGCACCUAAAGUACGUUUCAUGACCAAAAUUUAUCAUCCUAAUGUAGACAAGUUGGGAAGAAUAUGUUUAGAUAUUUUGAAAGAUAAAUGGUCCCCAGCACUGCAGAUCCGCACAGUUCUGCUAUCAAUCCAGGCUUUGUUAAGUGCUCCUAAUCCAGAUGAUCCGUUAGCAAAUGAUGUAGCUGAGCAGUGGAAGACCAAUGAAGCCCAAGCCAUAGAAACAGCGAGAGCAUGGACUAGGCUAUAUGCCAUGAAUAAUAUUUAAGUCGAUCAGAUCAUCGAGUGUACAUCACUUCUCCUGUUCUACCAAGACUCUUCCUUUUUUGUUUGCAUUUAAUGGACACAGUCUUAGAAACAUUACAGAAUAAAAGCCCAGGCAUCCUCA